ACUCCCGCGCUUUCCAAUUGUCAAACAUCCCCGCAUAGGAGACUUUAUCGUUCUAUUCCCCGAUGCAGCUCUCGAAAGCGGUUCUCAUCUCGCGGCGGCCCAUCUGCAGCAUCAGCUGAUGUAUGCGUGCGCUCUUAUAUCUGUGUGCGUGGCUAGUGUGUUUGAGUUUGCGCGCGUGAGUUUUUCGCGAUGCUGUAGACAUCGGCGAUGGAUAAGCCGCGUAUUGUUGUGCUCGUGUUAUAUGUGUAUAUAGCUAUAUCGACGCGAAUUUCCGGGCGCCGUGUUCGUGCGCGCUGCUGCAAACAAUAUAAACAUAUUCGCUGCUGUUGGUGCUUUUUGUUAUUAUCGAAGGUUCUCGUAAUCGUGCACUGCGUUACGUAUUUGCAAGUUUUGAGCAUCCGUUAUUCAGUGAAAAAAAAAAAAAAAUCGUUAAUCAGACCACUUGAAAAUGCAGCCGAUGUGGGUUUCCCCGGUCUAUAUAAAUAUUAUAUUACAUUAAUAAAAUACAAUCGAAAUCACGUAACGGUGCAUAUCAUCGUCAGGAAUAUUAAUCAGAGUUUCGUGUGCGCGAGUAUAUAGCCGAGCGGGCAGAUAAAGAAGUUCAGUAAAUUCCACUGAUCGCCGAUAUAGAAGACAACGAUACACAAUAUUCACCGAUGCCGAGGCUCAGGGAAUAUUGUAGCAUAUGCGAGCCGGACACCAUCGGAAUUCAACGGGAGGUUCUAUUCGAUCGUUCGAGAUUACGUCUGACGAUCCUGUGCGUUGAGUACAGUAAAAAAGUUAUACAUACUUGGAAGAAAUGAGAAGAACGAAAAAAAUAGCUUAUGCACACAUGUGCAGCGCCGGCCUAUGAUUCACACUGCUCCUGCAUAUGCGCGUUUUGCAAUCGUCGACGUUUUUCUCUCUUGUGUACAAUGUGUUUGUAAUAUGUGCCUUAUUCUCAAGCGGCUGCUUGAUUCUUGAAAAUUGCAGUGAAAAUGCACUCCACUGCGCGUUCUCACCGGAAAGAUUACUGCGUGAAGAGAAUUCACUGGUAGCGACGAAUGAAAUAUGACUGGAAAAUAAAAAGGCAAAUGUGAAUUGACAUACUCUUGAGUUGUUUUAAAUAAUGAGUUCAACCAUGACAAUGGCACUACAAUUUUAAGGAUGUAAAGAGACAGAAAAUAAUCGAUAAGCAAUUUAUAGAUCUGAAAUAAUGGAUCUGAUUCACGUAUACUCAAGUGGAAGUAGAUCUCGAGGAAAAUUUCAAUAAGCAUAUGGUAGUUUUUAAAGUCCCCAAAAUGUCGAGAAGACUAAGCUUCUACUGUCUCAUCCUGCUGGCGACCAUCUGCAUAUUCAUCUUGGCGUUGAACCAGCGCUACAGCAACUACAUCGAGCAUCGUCUCCAGCCAAUUAUUUCGAACUACAUGAGGGCCGGAAUGUACAGCCUGGAGAAUCUGACGCUGACGGAGAUCGCCGAGGUGGUCGAGCUGCAGAGGCGUAUCAUAGACAAGGAAAUGGAGGAUUACGUCUAUCCGGACGGGAAGUACGGAGUCUAUGCCAACAAACUCGAUGAGCUGGUGAUGGAGAAGGAGGGCAACCCGGUGCGAAGCGUCAUACUGACGACGUGGCGCAGUGGGAGCACCUUCCUCGGAGACAUUCUAAAUUCACACCCAGCCAACUUCUACCACUACGAGCCGCUACUGCACUUCGGCAUCGUCCAGAUCCGUGAGCCGCCCCUUUCCGACGAGGCCUUAGCAAAUUUAGACUCGAUGUUCAAGUGCGACUACUCUACCCUAGAGCGGUACCUGAGCUUCGGAAAAAGUGCGCAUCCCUGGGUGUUCAAUCACAACACCCAUCUGUGGAAACAGUGUCUGCUUCACAAGAGGAUAUGCUGGGAUCAUCGCUUCGUCACUAAAUUCUGCAAGCUGUUCCCCUUUCAGUCCAUGAAAAUCGUCAGGCUUAGGUUGCAGCCCAUGGAGAAGUUUUUGCAACAGAACGAAUUAGGCAUAAGAAUAGUGCUGCUGAUUCGAGACCCACGAGGAGUUUUGCAAUCGCGUAAGCACCGCGAGUGGUGUCCCAGCGAACCCGACUGCUUCGAUCCGACUACUCUGUGUAACGACAUGAUCUCGGAUUACAAUGCCGCCGUUAGAUUUUCCAAGCGGUAUCCUAACACUUUCAAAGUAAUUCGCUACGAAGACCUGUCGCUCGACCCGUACGGCCACACGGAAAAGCUCUUCAAAUUCUACGGUCUACACUUCCACGAGGACGUGCAGCGCUUCCUUGACACCCACACCAAGACUGACAUCGGCGGUUUGUCGAGCACUUUCCGCAACUCCAAAGCAGCGCCGUUUCACUGGCGCAACGACCUCGACUUCGAAGAGGUCGAUGAGAUCCAGCAAGAGUGCAAUAUCGCGAUGCGCCUCUGGGGCUACAAUUUCGCUGCGAACGCGACCCACCAGAGAUACUUUGAUCCCGUCACGAAUUACAGUCUGCGCAGCAACGAGCUAUGACCGGUGCUUUCGUCCUCCGGUUACUUGUUGUUUCGUGGAUCGAGCUUUUUGGACUGUAUGUAAUUUACAUACAAUAUGAUAUAUACGAUAUCGUAUACUUGCUUUUAAACCGAUACUGUACAUAAACACAUAUCAAAACGACGAAUCUCUUAUUGCCCGAUUUUUAUUAAAAUCUUUUACUCGCGCAUGACUUUUAGUCAGGUAAAUCUUUAUUCACUCUCAACGCUAUUGAUAAUACAGGUCGGAACUCAUCAGAUUAUACUUUUCUGUAAUUGUGUAUAGUACAAAAACCUUCUGAGCUGCCAUAUUACUUACUAUACCUGACUCGCGCGUGCCUCCGCUCGCGAUUCAAGGUGAAACUGGCCUCAUAUCCUCACUUUCCCGAAGAGGGAUGGACGCUGCUAAUAAAUAAAUUGUACAUAGAAUUUAGAUAGCACUUUAAAGAAUUGCCUCGCGAGCUGGACGAACGAACGACGAUUUCUUAGGCGCAUUUUUUCUAUAUAAUAUUGAACGAAUCACGGUGAAUCAUAACGCUUCUGUAUCAGACGCGUGAAUAUUUUUUAUUGUAUCGAUGUAUAUUCGUGAUUUGUGGUAAUUUAUGGAAGCAAGGAAUAACUGAUAAUUGAAUAUAUAAGUAUACGUGUGGACACGCGCUUUAGGAGAAAAGCAUAUUAUAUAAAUGUCGACUCACGUACGUAUUUGUAAAUAUAUACUGUAGGAUAAUUUUAUUACGUACUACCUGUGAUGGAAACAACACAGUUUCUAUGCAAAAAUGCGAAUCUCAUACGAACAUGUACUCGGCACAAGAUUUUUAUCAUAUAUAGCGAAGCGCAUGUAAAUGUAAAUCAAAUUUUGAUCAAGCACCCUUUUACAUCCCAAGGCUCUCUCAAAUUUUAUAUAGCGUAAAGUUUCAAAAUAAAAAACUUAUCCAAUUAUUACACUGAGAAGAGAAGUGUACAUUGUAAAAUCAAAAUUGUAAGUGACCGUCAUGCACAUUAUUUAAAACCUGUAAUGCAUGAAUAUGUUCAUUUUAAACAAUUCUAAUAUUUAUAUGUGCGUUUUUACAUUUCGAAAGGAUAUCUGUUUCAAUUUUUAUUCAGUGUAAAAAUGAGUUCUAAAACGUUUUAGUAAAAGUUGUAAUAUAAAGCUUAAUUAAUAAAUUUUACAUACUAUAUUGAA